GAUUGGGCAGGCAGCGGCCGACGCGGCGGCGCCGGGCGCAGCGAGUGGCGGGCGCGGGCUGUCAGUCGGCGAGGCGGCGGGCCGCACUUCCGCCUCGGUGUCAGUGGGUCGCGGGCCUACGGGGCGGGGGCGGGGCAGCAGUGAGCUCGGCCGGCAACCGAGGGACCCGCGUCCGGAUCUUCAGCGUCUAUUGGAUUUUUCCAAGAGAAAGUUUGUAAAAUUCCUUACACUGUAGAUGUGGAUGAGAUACGAUGAUUCAGUAGAAGAGCACAUGUCAGGGGCAGUGGAGGCUGGCUGCUGAAGGAUGAACGGAGAGGAAGAAUUCUUUGAUGCCGUCACAGGCUUUGAUUCUGAUAACUCUUCUGGGGAAUUUUCAGAGGCAAAUCAGAAAGUCACAGGAAUGAUUGACUUAGACACCAGCAAAAAUAAUAGGAUUGGGAAAAUUGGGGAGAGGCCCUCUCAAGAGAAUGGAAUUCAGAAACACAGGACAUCGCUGCCGGCUCCCAUGUUCAGCAGAAGCGACUUCAGCGUGUGGACCAUCCUGAAGAAGUGUGUUGGCCUGGAGCUGUCCAAGAUCACGAUGCCAAUCGCCUUCAACGAGCCUCUGAGCUUCUUGCAGCGGAUCACGGAGUACAUGGAGCACGUGUACCUCAUCCACAGGGCCUCCUGCCAGCCCCAGCCCCUGGAGAGGAUGCAGUCUGUGGCUGCUUUUGCUGUUUCGGCUGUGGCUUCCCAGUGGGAGAGGACCGGCAAACCAUUUAAUCCACUCUUGGGAGAAACGUAUGAAUUAAUCAGGGAAGAUUUAGGGUUCAGAUUUAUAUCGGAACAGGUCAGUCACCACCCCCCCAUCAGUGCGUUCCACUCGGAAGGUCUCAACCAUGACUUCCUGUUCCACGGCUCCAUCUACCCCAAGCUCAAGUUCUGGGGCAAAAGCGUGGAGGCGGAGCCCCGAGGCACCAUCACCCUGGAGCUGCUCAAACAUAAUGAAGCCUACACCUGGACCAACCCCACCUGCUGCGUCCACAACGUCAUCAUCGGGAAGCUGUGGAUAGAGCAGUAUGGGACAGUGGAGAUUUUAAACCACAGAACUGGACAUAAGUGUGUGCUUCACUUUAAACCGUGUGGAUUAUUUGGAAAAGAACUUCACAAGGUGGAAGGACACAUUCAAGACAAAAACAAAAAGAAGCUCUUUAUGAUCUAUGGCAAAUGGACGGAAUGUUUGUGGGGCAUAGAUCCUGUUUCGUAUGAAUCCUUCAAGAAGCAGGAGAGGAGAGGUGACCACCUGAGAAAGGCCAAGCUGGAUGAAGACUCCGGGAAGGCUGACAGCGACGUGGCUGACGACGUGCCUGUGGCCCAGGAGACCGUGCAGGUCAUUCCCGGCAGCAAGCUGCUCUGGAGGAUCAACACCCGGCCCCCCAACUCUGCCCAGAUGUAUAAUUUCACCAGUUUCACUGUGAGCCUCAACGAGCUGGAGACAGGCAUGGAGAAGACCCUGCCACCCACAGACUGCCGCCUGCGCCCUGACAUCCGCGGCAUGGAGAAUGGCAACAUGGAUCUGGCUAGCCAGGAGAAGGAGCGGCUGGAGGAGAAGCAGAGAGAAGCACGGAGGGAGCGGGCCAAGGAGGAGGCGGAGUGGCAGACGAGGUGGUUCUACCCAGGCAAUAACCCCUACACUGGGACCCCCGACUGGUUGUAUGCAGGGGAUUACUUUGAGCGGAAUUUCUCCGACUGCCCAGAUAUCUACUGAGGGCCUGGAGGGGCCUGGGGCCCGGGACCGGAGGCUGACGAGGCUGGACUUCCUCGAGUGGCCACUCUGAGCCUCGUCACAGCAGAAACCAACUUUUCUAACGACUGAGUUCGCGGAGAUAGCAUCAUCCCUGAUCAAGGAUGUAAUUCUAAUUAACUGUUGAUUGCCAAACAUUUCACUCUGCUGUGCCGUCUCUUCAUAAGGCUUCACUUGGGAUCAUCGUCUUCAUUAAGGUUUCAACAGGGAAAUUCUUCACGGCGCCCUUUUAUGUGGCAGAAGUCAGCUGGGGCUUGUUUAGCUUCCAGCACACUCUCAGUCAUAGCAUGUGUAGCUAAAGGAAGUAAUGGGAAGGGGUUCAUGUUCUCUUUAUAAUGCAGUGGCAAAAGGUUCUGAAAGUCUUUUAAACUCGAACCAGUGGGGGAAGGAUGGAUCUUGAAACUAAUCCUGCAGAGAGUUUUAUAAAGGCCAGGGAUUGCCUUCUAAAUUAUGAUAAAACAGAAGUGAAGAGUUUCAGAGCAUCAGAUUGAGUGAAAAGUUGUCAGAUUCUGUAUUUUUUAACAAUCUUCAAUAAUGUAAAGAUUACUUUUAAAAUAUUUAAGUUAAAACUACUUGAAUAGUAUUUUGCUGAAGAGCAAGAUAUGCAUUAAUCACCGGUUUUAUACUGUCCAAAAUGAAGCAUCCCCGUGACAAACCAGAGUGGGCAGAAGCAUCAAGAGUGUGACAGGAAAUCCCAAGACUGCUUCCGCCUCAGAGGCGUCCUGGCUCCGACUCGCUGCCCUGUUGUCAGUGAGGCCUGUCUGUCACCGCACACCGUGUCCGUGUCUCCAGGGGGUUCAUUUCUUCUCACACGUCGCGUGUACCCAUAGCACUCUUGUGUUUCUGUUUUUCCCAGUAUGCAUGUUUAAAAUAGAAGUGACAAGAAUCACAUCCGGUUGUGUGCUGUGGGAGGGUCAGAGGCAGAAUCUACUUACAGUGGUGUAAUUAAAGUUAUUUAACGAAAAAUAGGUAUGUGUCCAUCUCAGCAUUCACCUUUAUCAAGUGACUGAUUUUUUUUUCUUUUUGAGACGGAGUUUCACUCUUGUUGCCCAGGCUGGAGUGCAAUGGCAUGAUCUCGGCUCACCGCAACCUCCGCCUCCCGGGUUCAAGCGAUUCUCCUGCCUCAGCCUCCCGAGUAGCUGGGAUUACAGGCAUGCGCCACCACGCCUGGCUGAUUUUUUAUUUUUAGUAGACAUGGGGUUUCACCAUGUUGGUCAGGCUGGUCUCAAACUCCCAACCUCAAGUAGUCUGCCUGCCUCAACCUCCCAAAGUGCUGGGAUUACAGGCGUGAGCCACUACACCUGGCUGUGACUGAUUUUUUUUCAUGUAGAAUUGUCAACACGAGAGAUCACAGUGGAGCACUUUGAAAGACCGUCGGUUGUGUGCAUGCACGCACACACUCAUGCACACGCUGACACACGGUUGCGUGGAGUCCAGGUUACUCAGGCCGGCACUUCUGAGUGACAGGUGCCACCUGUGUGUGUCUUGGCGUCCACAUCACACCUGUGACGGAAGCACUUCUAGAAGUGAACACUCGUUUUGAAGGCUUGAUUUUGUAGCUUUGGAAGCUGGAAACGAUGGUGUUUGGUGCCGAGUCCUGUGUCAUCCUCGGGGCCUAUGAGCUCCGUACCCGCCACUCAAAAGUGUCUGAACAGAACCGCUCCGUGACUGGUAGCUGGGUCUGAGGAUUCAGGAUUGUGGCGUUAUUCAAAGAGAAGACUUUGAAAUUCCCCGAUGGCUGGAAUGUGGAGCCCAGGUGCCUCUGGUGGAGGGUCAUCUGCUUUUCCAGACUGUGGUUGUGAACCGGCUCCUUCUCCAAGAAAGAUUGCAAGCUAAGAACAUCCAGAGGUGAGACUCAGACACAUUGAAAGUGACUGCAUUUAGGGAGGUUUAACGAGUUCUUACUGAUCAUUCCACUUGUUACUGGUUAAGAUAAUUUGCCCACGGGUUUGUUUCCAAGUCCUCUUCUAGGACCAGGCUCCUGGUAUUUCAGGGGCUGGUUGGCUGCACAGACAGCCCCUCUUCUGCUGUCCCUGAGGACAGACACCAAACCAGAGGUGGAGGAAGAACGGUAGGAAGGCUGAUGGCAAAAGCGGCUGUGUGUCGAGGUUAUUUUAACUUUUUACUAUUUUUUGUUACUGUUUCUGCAAAUGCUAACACAUAAACUAUGACCUAACUUUUGUCACCUUGGAUAUCUAUUGAAUGUUAAACAUCUCUAAUAAAGAUGGCCACCACUUAA